GUGUUGCCAUUGGUGGCUAGUGAUGUCAAUCAUCGGGUCCCAGCCGGUGAUUCCACGCCACCUCUCAUUGAUCGCUGGGGAAAGCUGAGAGGGGAGAGACCUGUAUAUACACAACACAGGUCUCUCCCCUGUCAGCAAGGACAUGCUGCUUUGUAUUUCUAUGCACAGCAGAGAAAUACAAAGCAGCAUGUCUCCACUGUAAAACAGCAGACAGCACACAGUUAACCCAUUGAUCUCCCCACAUGUUAACCCUUUCCUGCCCAGUGCCAUUAGUACACUGUCAGUGCUUUCUAUUAGCACUGAUCACUGUAUUGGUGUCACUGGGGAUGUCAGUGACAGUCGGUUCCCACCCAGUGUCAGAAUGCCCACCACAGUCCCACUAUAAGUCGCUGA